UGACAGCUGCUUAACCCUGUGGCUUAACCUAUAAAGCUGACGAGUGGGUGACGUUGUACACGUCCACUUUUAUUGUAUUCAAGAGGUUUUUUGCUUGCAGAAUAUAAAAACCUUUGAAAUAUGUGGAAAUUUGUGGCGGUUUUCGCGGUGUUUUCCAUGGCAAACGGCCUGGAACACAUCGAUGACAGUUUAAUUAAUAAGAACGUUCAGAGAACUAUCGAUUUGAAUUCGCAACUUGUAAAGAUCGGCGGCACUAUCACGAUAGAGAACACCGGCGAAGGAAGCGUUGCCUCUUAUUUACUUGCAAUAGAAGAUCCUGAUUCCUUCAGCUCUAUUACUGUACAGGACUCGCAGAAGAAUCCCCUGAAAAUCGAGCAGUUCCGAGCGAGAUUCCAAGGUCCCGAGCGAAUUGCAUUCAAAGUCCAUCUGCGGCCAAGUUUGGAACCAGGCAAAACCACCACGAUAAUCUUCGAAUCGUUUUUCACCAACAGUUUGAAAUUCUGCCCGAAGUGCGUCACGCAGAAGGAGAAACAGCUGGUGAAAUAUGAGGGAAAUUACUACUUCUACUCGCCCUAUGUGACGAAAACGCAAAAAACCGAUGUUCUGGUAAACUCUCGAGUGGUGGAAAAGUACUCGAAACUGAAGCCUGUUAGUCAAACAGACUCCACUAUCACCUAUGGACCUUAUACGGAUAUUGAGCAGUUUGCAAGGGAUUCUUUAAGCGUUCACUAUGAAAACAAUGGUCCAUUCCUAUCAGUUUCCAGAUUGCAGCGCACUAUUGAAGUAUCGCAUUGGGGCAACAUUGCAAUUGAAGAAAAUAUUGAUCUCAAACACACGGGGGCUCUGUUAAAGGGCUCGUUCUCCCGAUACGACUACCAAAGGGACACAGUUGCCAACCAUCACAGCAUCAGAAGCUACGUUACUGUUCUACCAGCGCUGGCGCACAGUAUCUACUACCGGGACAUGAACGGCAACAUUUCCACCUCUAAUGUGAGGACUCACAAGGAUUACAUUGAGGUUGAGCUGAAGCCCAGAUUUCCGUUGUUUGGAGGUUGGCGCAGCUCGUACACUUUGGGUUACAGCGUUCCUAGUUCCCGCUACUUGUUCCGGAAGCCUUCAGGCGAAUUUUUGCUGAAAGUGCGCCUGAUUGAUCAUGUUUUCGAUGAUAUGGCAGUUGAGGACCUGGAAACAGACAUUGUGCUGCCAGUCGGGGUAACGGAUAUUAAAGUGAAGGCGCCCUAUGAAGUAAAGCGGUUAGAUGAUAAAGUCGCCUACAAGUACCUGGAUACUAUUGGAAGGACUGUAAUCAGGCUGUCCAAGCAGAACCUAGUGGAGCAGCACAUCCAAGACGUGGAGAUCAGCUACAAUUGGAAUACGCACAUGCUACUGCAUGAGCCAAUUCUACUGUUUCUUGCCUUGUUUUCGCUCUUUAUCGCGGUUAUUAUCUACGUUCGAUUGGACUUUUCCAUUGCAAAACCCGAACACUCGAAGAAGGAGUGAUGUGAAUAGUGGAGCCAAUGGAAUUUGUUGUCCUAAAACUGACUUUUUCUGUUUAACAGGAUUUAGGGGUUGCCUAUAGAGUAUGUAUAGGCAUUUUUGUCUAAUUUUCACCAAAUGUCCCUAAUAAAUUCAAUUUAAUUAAAA